AUGAUUCUCGGCUUCAUCUCCUUGCUGUUGACGUUUAGUCAGGACCAGAUCGUGAAAAUCUGCGUGCUAAAGGAAGUUGCAGAUUCUAUGUUGCCAUGUCGCCCUGAUGCAGAGUCAACUGGCGGAAAUAAAAGGCGGCUGCUCGCGCUGGUGCUGACGGAGUCACACCUGAAGCGCAGGAUUUUAGCUGCUGGUGGUUCAGUGGUUGAAUGCCCCCCAGAAAAGGAGCAACUGAUUACUGCCACAGGCUUGCACCAGUUGCACAUUCUGAUCUUCUUUUUGGCUGUGUUUCAUGUGGUAAAUAGUGCUCUUAUAAUGGUCCUUGGAAGAGCAAAGAUACACAGAUGGAAGGAUUGGGAAAAGGAUACGACAUCGGCUGAGUAUGCCUUCACGACUGGUAUAUAUAUGUUCACUAUUCUUUGUUGUAUUGUUGCAAGUCCAUAAGUCAUCAUUCCAUCAGACUUUGCC